ACUAGUACUUCGUAAUUUUUAGUUCUAAUAGCAUUUAACAUGACGGGUAGUUAACGUAAGAAAAUAUGUUCGAUGUGCACUGUGGAGUCUGUGGAGUAUGUUAUAAGUGUGAACGUUAGCUGUGACAAAUGACAACAUUAUUAAAUAGUUAUAAUGAUUGUAAUGUUAUGUAUACAUAGUCAAAGAUCAGUAUAGACCAUGAUUAACGUGAAAUAAUUAAUUAACGUGGAUAUACCAAAAUUGAUUCACGUUCACACCGUAUCUAGAUGUUUAAUGAUCCAUUUUGUAAUUCGUUAUAAAACGUUCUGUGUAGGUUAGGAUGGAAGAGCAAGAUGCAAAAGAGAAUAUACCUCCUCAACAGGACAAUCAAGAAAUAGUGGAAAAAAUCAGGAGAAUUCGCUUGAGAUAUCCGGAAUUACCAUGUUACAUACAACAGAUGAUGAAAGACAGGGAUGCCGUGAAAGCACAAUAUCUCGCCACCAAACAGCAAGAGAAGAAAAUAGAAUACGUGACGGUUUUCGAAGCGGUAGAAAACGAAUUGCGAUUGCACCAAUAUAGAGUUUACAGAAAGACGCAUCCAGAUCUUAUUCUUGGGCCAGAUGAACGAAAACUACAAACCCAUUUGGCUGAUUAUAUCAGGGAAUUGAUAAAAAAGAACAUAACAAAUAGGCUGUGCUACAUUACAACCAGAGAAAUUUUCUAUAAAAUGAACUACAACGGAAUGAAGAGCGCUAUGAAAAUAUUGGUUGAAGCGCUAGAUUCCCGAUUUGGUUAUGAGAUAUUAAUAGGUUUAGAUAAUCAAACUUUAAAGAUCAUUAGGAAAUAAAUGUAGUGGUAAUAGCUGCAUAUUGAUAGUAAACAAUAAUAUCAAUAUUAUAUGUAGAUUUCAUUGUUGGGUAUACUGUGUUUGU